AUGGUCCGGACAUGUCCACGGCGGGGCCUCGGUCGCCGCUUCAUCGCGGCCUCGCUGCUGUUGGCCGUCUGCCCUUGGGCCGGCGCCUACGAUCUCAAUCCCGACUCGACCGAGUCCAUCAUAAGCAUCGCGAAGCAGAUGGCCGCCGACCUGGUGUCCUAUUACGACGGUGACAAACCCGGUCAGACGCCGGGUCUCUUGCCGAAACCAUACUACUGGUGGGAGGCCGGCGCCAUGAUGGGAUCCCUGGUCGAUUACUGGUACUACACAAAGGACGAAAGCUACAACGCCCUCGUCACCCAGGCCCUCCUCUGGCAGGUCGGCGACACCAACGACUACAUGCCCCAGAACCAGACGCUCACCGAGGGCAACGACGACCAAGGCUUCUGGGCCCUCGCCGUCAUGUCGGCGGCCGAGAACAACUUCCCCAACCCGCCCGCCGACAAGCCCCAGUGGCUCGCCCUCGCCCAGGCCGUCUUCAACACGCAGGCGGCGCGCUGGGACAUGCAGCACUGCAACGGCGGCCUGCGCUGGCAGAUCUUCGAGUGGAACAACGGCUACGACUACAAAAACUCCAUCUCGCAAGCCUGCUUCUUCGCCCUCGGUGCCCGCCUCGCCCUCUACACGGGCAACAGCUCCUACGCCGACUGGGCCGAGAAGACGUGGGAGUGGAUGGUCAACGUCAACUUCAUCGACAAGAACUGGUACGUCUACGACGGCGCCCACAUCGGCACCAACUGCACCGACAUCGUGCCCUACCAGUUCACCUACAACGCCGGCGGCUUCAUCCUCGGCGCCGCCGCCAUGUACAACUUCACCCGCGACGACAGGUGGAAGGACAGGCUCGACAACCUGCUCGAAGGCAGCCGCGUCUUCUUCAUGGGGCCCGACAAGAACAUCAUGACCGAGGUGGCCUGCGAGACGGUCGACCGCUGCAACCUCGACCAGCAGUCCUUCAAGGCCUACCUGAGCCGCUGGCUCGCGAGCAUCACCAAGUGGGCCCCCCACACGUACGACUUCGUCAUGCCCUACCUCCGCGCCUCGGCCGUGGCCGCCGCCAAGCAGUGCGUUGGCGGCAGCAACGGCCGCCUCUGCGGCCUCAACUGGUACACGGGCGACUUCGACAACAACACGGGCGUCGGCCAGCAGAUGGCGGCCAUGGAGGUGACGCUCGCCUGCAUGGUCCAGGACCGCGCCGCGCCCGUGACGGAGACGACGGGCGGCACGAGCAAGGGCGACCCCGGCGCCGGCGGCAGCGACAUGGGCCGCACCCAGCCCAAGAGCGAGACGCUCCGCCCCAUCACGGCCGCCGACACGGCCGGCGCCGCCAUCCUCACGGCCGUCGUCAUCCUCGCCACGGUCGCCGCCAUCGCCUGGAUCCUUCUUGACGAGACGUCGGACCAGUCGCCGUGGCAGCAGUUCAGGUCCUUCCACAGCGCCGCCGGCGCCUCGGUGGCCGCCUUUGCCGCCGGCGGAGGCGCCGCCGCCGCUCACCGCCGGAAAAGGGACCGGGACCUCGAGGAGAAGGCGGGCGCGACCGGCAGCUCGGGUAGCGAUCGAAGCGUCCAGUCCAGCGAGAGCAGCCGGGCCAUGGGCGAGAUGCCCGUCACCAUGGGCCAGAUGCAGAUGCGCGGCGAGAGCGGGCCCCAGCAGCACCGGCGCGUGUCCAGCAUGCCCAUCGGCUGGCCCCACAACUCGUCGCUCCGGCCCAGCACGGUGAGGUCCGGCCAGCGACCCAUGUCCAUGGGGCCGCUGUCGACGGCUCCGCCGGACACGACGAGGCUGUCGAACGGUUCGCUCGCCGAGAUGCCGCCGGCGCCGCCGGCGCGGGCGAUGACGAGAGAGUGA